CGCCCCAUCGGCAACAGGUUCGAUUUGACACUGGCCCAGCUUUGGUGCCAAAAAUAGUCAUUCAUGCAUUGUUUAGGAUCACGGUUGGGAUUGAAAACUCUUGAAAGAAGCUGUAUGCAACUGUUUUGUAUUUCUAGCCGUGGCCUUUCAGGUAAAGGAUCACAAGAUCGAUUUUGUUUUUCUUUCGGUGGCUGGGGGGGGGACUUUCUGAAAAUUUUGCCAAGUUUUUGUAGCACAUUGACCACCUGCUCCCUUUUUCUGCUUACUACGAACACUCGAAUGGAAAAUGGAAAAACGGCUUAUUCUUGCAGGGAUAUUUAGUGAAUCUAAAUCAGGAAAAUCUAUGCAUUUCACAAUAAGUGAAGAAUUAUGUGGUGUUAAUUUUUUAUUACUGAUGGUUGAUUAGCCUGCAAUGGUCAAGAAACUGUAACGAAUUUUCCACUUGAAUAUUUUGUUUGCCCCUGAUUAAGAUGGGUCACUGAACUCAUUAAAUUUCAGCACUUGGGUCCAUUUUAGUAGAAGUGUUUCUGGAAAUAGAAGAUAUGAUACAAAGUUAGAUUAUUUUAGUGCACAAAGCCAAGACCUCAUAGUCUUUUAGACACUCUUCCAUUUGAUGAUUUAUAGAGUUGUCCCUGAUUUUGAUUACAUCUCGAGUUACUAAUAUAUAGAUGAUAUAUUAUGGCUGUGCUUUGAUACAAAUUUUAUUUGUGAUUGUUGAUAAUAUCUCUCAGGAGUGCCAGUGCAGUGAAGGAGUUAGCGAUGUUAAUUAACUCAAUAAGAUAACUUCACAUCAAAAUGUGUUAACCCUUUCACUCCCAUGAGUGACCAAGACAGAAUUUCUCCUUACAAUAUCAAUACAAUAUCAUACAGACAAGUGAUGAGAAUAAAACAAAAUAUCAAUCAGGAGAUUAUAAGUUGAUCCAAUAUCAAAUUCUCCAAACUAACAUCACAAAAACUGUGUGGCAGACAGUAACAAGAAUUACUAAUGAGAACUUGGGAGUUAAGGGGUUAAGAACAAAAAAGGUGACACACAAGGUGCAGCCAAGUGUGUCACUGAUGCACUGCGACCACAUUUUGAUGUCAUUUGUGAUCUAUUACAAAACAGACUCAGGGCAAUAUAAAACUUCUUUGUUUUAUACAAUAAAGAAGCAAAAAACUGAAUGGUGAUGUCAUCUUUGUCUGUCCACCUAAAGAUAUUAAGAAAGAACCAACCAAAAUUCAUGCAUAAUAUUCAGCUUAUUACAUAUUUUCUUUGUGUUUUUAGCUUCAUCAGUGUUCAAAAACAUGGAAAAGACUUUUCAGCUUCAAAAUAAACUUCCAAGCUUACCUGUUCCUCCACUAGAACAGACUUGUAAAAAAUAUUUGGCAUCAGGUAUAGUAAUUGAAAAUAACACAUACUUUUUUUUGUUUACAGGUAUGUAUUUAAAGGUUCAGUUUUAUCUUUGAUUUGAAUAUAAUUUCCUUUGCCUUUUUUAGCAUAUUAGAGAAUUAUAAUGAGUUUGCAAGAAAGGAAAAAUGAAAUUUAGAUUUAGGAGUAAAUUGAACCACAGCAUGAAGAUGCUCAGAGAUGCAUUCUGUAAAUUUGAAAACUGGAGAUGUUUGGUUUAGGUUCAGUUCCCCUCUCAAACUUAUGAAUCAACACUUUAUUUCAAGCUAUCCUCAAACACUAAAAGUUAUUAAAAUUCAUGCAUUGCAAAAAAAAAAAAAAAGAAAAUGAAAACUCAGCCGUCUUUUCAGUUGAAACCAAGUGAUUUUACUGAUUACUUUGAUUUGUCCUUAAAGUCCUAAGGUUUUAUCAGUAUUUCUCCCUACUGACUGCAAUACAGUUUGUUGUAAAUUAAACAGGAGAAUUUAUUGUUGUAUCAAAAUAACAUUCCAUAGCUGAUAAGCUUGUGUCUUCUCAUAACCUGUUUGUGAGUUGAUCUAUUGGAAUCACAAGGAGAAUUUACUAGUUAAUCAGAUCUGGUGGUUAUCAGUUCUACAUCAAUGUACUCUUUUCUUUGAAAACCCACUGAUUAAUGCCUGACAAAUGUUUGAAUUUUUUUUUUAUAUUUCUCACCUGCUUUCCUAUGCUGUUUCCCAUAACUGUCCCUCUCCUCCCUCUGCCCAUUUUUUGGGGAUCUCGCCCCUGUGUAUCCUACCAUUAACAGUUAGCUCUUAAAAAAUUCAACUUUGAUUUUCAUAUCUAUUCAUGACAGUAAAGCCUCACUUGACAUCAGAAGAGUAUCUUCAGACUCAGUUUUUGGUGAAUGAAUUUGCCAGUGGAGUUGGAAAAGAACUUCAAAGCAAGCUUGAGACAAGAGCAAGCAACAUGUGUAAUUGGGUAAGUGAAUCUUGUGAUUACUUUGUCAGCCAGUUUUGCUAUAUCAAAGAAACGAGUGAAUUAAAAAAAUAGUGAAAGUGUAUUAGUGUCCAAGACUACUGUGAACAAUCCUGAUAUUUUGAAAAUUGGACAGCUCCAUUUAACAUUAACACCAGUGUCUAUAUUCUUAAUACUCUUCCCUUUGCAUUUUGUUUGUACUGACAAGGAGAAUUUGUUUAACAAUCAAAGUAUCUCAGGUUGGUGAUCAUUUCCUUUACUCCUAUGAUCAUAAUGAAUGAUUCAACAUUAUAACAACAGUAAUGGUAAAGAAAAAAAUUAGAUGCUGAUCACUCUCAGUGUUUUAAAGGGUUAAGGCUGCAUUUACUGUACCAGUAUAUCUAAAAAUACACCUUGUGUAACGUUUCUGGUUUCUCAACAAGCUUGAAGAAUGGUGGGAGGAUGUAGCAUACUUAACACCCAGAUAUCCAUCUGCCCCAAUGGUCAACAUUGGAGGACCGAUACCAGUGACAGACAUAUGGCCAGUCCAAACUGGAGCCCAAGUAACAAGAGCUGCCAUAUUUACCCAUGCAUUCCUUAAAGUUUGGCAAGAGCUUUACAGGUGAGUUAUGUUUCUUUUACAAAAACAAGAUAUUUUUUUCACUGAGCAGUUUUAAUCUUAUUUUCCUAUUUAUUUCAGAGAGGAAAGCCCCAUUGAGAGAAUGGGUUCAAUUCCACUCUGUAUGUUUCAGUUUACGCGACUCUUUUCAUGUUGUAAAGUUCCUGGCAGGGAAAAGGACUCCUUAAGGACUAACUUUGUCACAGGUAAAAACAAAAUCUACUAACUCUUUACACCCUUUCAUCAAUAUACACAUUCUUCAUACUGUUCUCUAUACAUUUUCCUAACAUGCCGACAAGGAGAAUUUGUUUUACAAUCAAGAGACUGUUGAGUUGAUGAUUAUUUUCUGUAUUCUCAUUACCUUAAUGUAUGACUCAGUGAUGAUAUUGUAAGGAGAAAUUAGAUGCUAGUUGCUCUUAAGGGGCAUAGGGGUUGAUUAACAUGAAUCUUAAAGUGAGGGACUGCGAUGGAUUUAGGGUAACAUCAGGCUGCUACACCCCUUGGAAUCAAAUCCAAUUUUAUGCAAUUUUAUUUUCCCCUAUUGUUUAAAAAAAUUAUGACUUGAACUUGUAGCACUGGGUAGAUUAAAAGACCUUUAUGUGACCAAAAUGCUAUCGUUAUGUGUUUUGAAUAUAGUUAAAUUAAAACAAACAUUAUCCAUUUUUUAAGUGAAUUAUAUACUUUUAACUGAUGAUUCUUGCUUAUAGCUCCUCACAGUUCACCCCGUCACAUUAUUGUGCAAGUCAGAGGACGGAUUUUCAGUUGUGUGGUGCUGGAUGAAAAUAUGGAGCUUCUCUCACCAGCAGAAAUUGAAAGGUAAAAUCAGAGAGAGUGUAAGAAACAAUUCCACCACAAUUGUGGUGGCAAGGCAGGGGGGGGGGGAAGGAGUGGGGAGAUGGAUAAUUUCAGUGUGAUUGGAAUUUGAGAAUUCUUUUCACCCAACCUUGCCAACUCUCUAAAGGAUGCAGUAUGACAUGAUUAUUUCAGUUUGGGAGGGGGGUAGGGGUGAAGGGGGUAGGGGUGAAGUGGGGAGUGGGGAUAAUUUGAACUUUUUUGGAAUUUUAAAAACAAUUCUUUCCACUCAACCUUGUGAACUUUCUGAAGGAUGCAGAUUUCAUUUUGGUUUCAGUGUUUCCCCCUAGCUUGGUACUUUUUUAUCUUUUAUUGGUGUUUUUUUAUUCCUUUUUUCUUUCUUUUUUUAAAUUUUUUAUUUGAUUUGUGUGUCAGAUUUAAAUUUUGAAUCUGAAAGAAAAACUAAAUAUAUUAAAGCAAAUCAUUACAUAUGCUUAUAAUGGCAAAAUUCCCUAGAUUACCAAAUGAAUUACAGACUGAAAAUGUGUUUAAAAGUCUGUUGCACUGAAAUUUCUACAAAUUUCUUUUCCCUUUUUUAGACAACUUCAAGAGAUAGGAUCAAUAGCUUUUUCAGAAUCCCAAGGAAUGGGAAUUGGUAGUUUAACAGGAGAAACAAGAGAUACCUGGCAUGAGGUACAAAACCCUUGGAGUUAUAAAAAAUCUCUAAGUGCCUGACUUCUUAGCUCAGGGUUGCCGUUAGUAGGUGACACAUUGGAAUAUUAAUAGUCAAUAGCAAGUGUGAGGUCCUGUGUAGUUGCUAGUUUCAUGUGCUUCUAGAUCAAUGAAUGAGUUGUCAGUAAUUGGAUCUCUUUGUUAUGCGCUAAGGGUUCUGGGAUCACCACGGGGCAAACAACACAAAUUGUUACAAUGAAAUGUAUGUCGAAAAAUUGAUUUGGGUUCCAAAAAAAUGAGUUUUUUUAGAGAAUUCAGUGCUGUUUUGCAGCCGUUUUAUCAGAAAAGGAUUAAAGCAAUGUUGAUACGUGGGAAGUGUAAGUUUUUAUUUAAAUAACAAUGAAUACGCAUACCAGAGGGAUCCGAUUACUGGCAACUCAUUCAUUGAGCUGCAGAGCUGUAUACCUGCUGGGCCAGUAGUUUUGUGUGCUGCUUUAAGAAUUGAGCAGCUGAGCAGUGUACUGGUAAAGUGGCAGCUAAGUGGCUUGAAGUAAUUUUUUUAAUGACACAGCAGAACCACUAAUAUUAGGUUGGAGAGAAAUGGUUAGGAAACCAAAAGAAAACCAUGGGGCAUAGAAUUCUUUUAAAGAUCCUAAAAGUAAUUCACUUACUGUCUACUAUACUAUAUAUUUUGGAUGUUAGUUUGGAGAAGUUGGUAUUAGAUCAACAGAUAAUUCCCUAAUUGAUAUAUUUCUCUAUUCCCAUUACUUAUCUGCUUGAUAUUGUAUUGAUAUAGUUAUGAGAAAUUCUGUCUUGGUCACUCAUGGGAUUUGAAGAGUUUAGUAGUAUAUUACAGGCUGAAGUGAAGUGAUAGCGACAAAAUAGAUAAAAAAUAAUACAAUGAAAAUGAUAAAGAAUACAAAUUGUUGAAUAUUUGAAUACCUGGGCUGGACUUAUUGAAUAACAGAGGGCCUUGAUAGUAAAAUGAAAAAAGUCUAAGUUGGUCCAAUCUGCACUGAUGGACAAAUACUGAUUGCAACUGUUCUCCUGCAUUUAAUCUUCAGCUGCAAGAACGAUUGAAAGCAUUAGACAGCAAUAACCAAAGCAUUCUAGAUACCAUUGAAACAAGUUUGUUUGUUUUGGUACUUGAUGAAAAUGAUCCUGUCACUAAAACUGAGGUAAAAUUUUAAAAUUUCACUUUAAUUCAUAACUCUUAGUUGGUGAGCUAGUGGGAAGUGGUGCAGGAGAGUAAUGAAUGGAUUCAGGAAAUAAAGGUUUGCAUUCAAGCAAUGCAGAGGAAGGUCAUUGUGUUGUUUUGUCUUCUUUGUGUCUCUCUCCACCUAGGGGUGCAGAUUGGUACCACUAAACUCAACCUGAAAUGAAGUUAGGGACAGAGCUACCUUAAAUGGAUUUAUAUUCCAUCCAGGAAUAGUAUCAAAAUUAACACUACUGGUUGUUUUGAUCUUGCUACAGAAACUAGCCACAUGGGUCAGUCUUACAGUCAAGCAGAUUUUUUUUUAAUGGAAUCACCUUUUUACAUUCUAACAUGAUCAGUAUGCAUAUUCUCCAUACUGUUCUCUAUACAUUUCCUAAGGUGCUGACAAGGAGAAUUUGUUUAGCAAUCUUGAGCUUCUCCAGUUGGUGAACAUUUCCAUAUUCUCAUAACCAUAAUGUGUGAUUCAAGGGUGAUAUUAUAAGCCAGGAGAAAUUGGAUGCUGAUCACUCUAAAUGGUUAAAUUACUGCAGCUGAAAUAGUUAAAAAUUUUAUUUUUUAUACCUAAUUAUCCAAAGGGGGGAAAUGGCUUAUUUUUAAUGGACAUUUUUUUGAUUUAGUCUUUGCUGAUAUUGGUUUUUUAUCUGGACAUUCCCAUGACAGGUUUGUAGUCAAGCCAUAACUGGAGAUUGUAGAAACCGUUGGUUUGAUAAGUCAAUGAGUAUUAUUGUCUUCAAAUCUGGCAGACUGGCUACUCACUGUGAUGUAAGUAAUUUGUGUACAAUACUGAAGUAAUCCAAUGUAGCCCUGGUGAAAAACCUCACAGGAUCUUUGAGGAUCUUCAAGGAUUGACAAAGACCUGCCAAAGAUCCUUAAGGACAAGGAUCUUUAAAAGAUCUUUAAAGGAUCUGUAAAAGAUCCUCAAAGAUCUUUGUAAGCAAAAACGUUUGUUAAGAUCCUCAAGGAUUUGAUAAAGAUCCUCAAAGGAUAUUACAAAGAUCCUCAUAAGGAUCCUCACAAAGUUCUUUUCAAGGAUCCUUCAAGAUCCUCAAGGAUUUAGCAAGGAUCUUUCAAAGACCCUCAAAAGAUCCUUUCAAGGAUCCUUUCAAGAUCUUUGUAAGGAUCCUUAAGGAUUUAAUCAGGAUCUUGCAAGGAUCCUAGUCAAGAUCUUUGCAGGAUCUUUUUGAGGAUCUUUCAAGAUCCUCAAGGUCUUAAUGAGGAUCUUUUAAAGACCUUCCAAAGAUCCUUUCAAGGAUCCUAUUAAGAUCUUUGCAAGGAUCCUUAAGGAUUUGAUCAGGAUCUUACAAGGAUCCUACUCAAGAUCUUUGCAAGAUCUUUUCAAGGAUCCUUCAAGAUCCUCAAGGAUUUAAUGAGGAUCUUUUAAAGACCUACAAAAGAUCCUUUCAAGGAUCCUGUAAAGAUCUUUGCCAGGAUCCUUAGGAAUUUGAUCAGGAUCUUACAAGGAUCCUUAAGUCAAGAUCUUUGCAGGAUCUUUUCAAGGAUCCUUCAGGAUCCUCAAGGAUUUAAUGAGGAUCUUUUAAAGACCUUCAAAAGAACCUUUUAGGGAUCCUGCUAAGAUCUUUGCUAAGAUCCUUAAGAAUUUGAUCAAGAGUUACAAGGAUCCUAGUCAAAAUCUUUGCAUGAUCUGUUCUACAAUCCUUCAAGAUCCUCAAGGAAUUGAAAAGGAUCUUCCAAAUAUCGUUAAAAGAUUUAUUUCAUGAUUUUGUACAGCUCUUUAUAUGGAUCCUUUUUGAAUUUGAUGUAGAUCUCAAAGGCAACUUUGUCAAGAUCUCUACCACAUCUCUGCAUUAUGAAUUAGGUUCCUUUGAAAUCCUCAAGUAAUUUCAAACAUAACAAAAUUGUAAAUUGAGGGCACACUGUUUUAUAAUUUAAACACAACAAGGAAUUUUCGCAGAAAAUUAUUGUGCAAUGAGUGUAAUGAAGGUUACCGCAUAGCAACGCCAUGCUCGAGGCUUUCGGGAAACUUUGUGACUACUUACAUGACAACAAAUAGGGUUUUGCAUUAUGGGAUAGGAAUUUAUACGCGCCGAGAUUUUUAACGGUCGCAUAAAAACAUAACAAGCUCGUUGUUACGGCAAAUAUCAUCGACAAUGGUCGGAACUAAAGGAAAAAUGUACACAGAAAUAAAAGUAAAGGAAAGGCGUUUUCUGGAGUUGAGAAACAAGGGAAAAGAGAGACAGAAACAACCGAAAUCGUCAAUCAAACUCCAAGCAGGUCUCUCGAUUGCUCUGACUCUGAGGCUGAAUGAAAAGAAUUCAUUGGUACUUCUGGAAAUAAAAUGAAGAUGCCAUCCUCGCCUAAUGAUUCUUGCUCUGAGCUCUUGGAGAGUGAGGAUGCAAAUGAUGUGCUACAGGGACAAGGAUACAGGCUUAUCGAUCUAGAGAGAUUCUCCUCGACGCUCACUGAAGGACAUGUUUCUGAAGAAGGUGUGAAUUUACUUGGUUCUGUGUAACCAACUUAAAAAGCUCUUUUAGAGGUUGUCAUAUGAAUUCCCGAAAACACUUAUUUUGUACCUCAGGAUGUAUUAGUUCAAUUAAUCUGAAGUUUUCAGGGCUGUAUCCUCUUACUGAGUUGAGUUGGAUAAGCUGACAGUUUCUCUAUAAGCUGAAUUUUAAGUAAGAUAUUGUGGAAUAACUCACCCAAUAAUCUCGGUGAACUUUGAACGGGCACUGUGCCCAUAAUAUAAACGACUCCAAAAGUUCCUCAGCUCAUCCAAAAGAACGACCCUAGUACUUUGUUUUGACACUAAAAACACUUGAUUUCAUGCAAUCUUUGUGCAGUUAUCUUUUCUCAAGUAUACCUAGGUUUUUCACACCAUGUGGUGGACAAAUUGAUCCGAUGUCAAAUAACAAAUUAGUUUAGGGCAACAUAUUAGUUAUAUUCAGUAUGUGUGAUUCCUAAGCUUUCCUUUGCUAUAUAGGUUAAUAUGGUUCAGAAAUAUAGUCAUUGAAGUACUCUUGUUUGCCUUUUUUUCAUGUUUACCCCCUCUGUAAGAGUAGUCUGAGUCUGGUCAUAGUCUAGUCCUAGACAAGUUUAACACAUAUAUUUUGGUCUUCUUAUCUUUGAGCUGGACUGUUGCCAGAUUUUUUGGAAAAUGAAAAUCUUAAUACUAACCUAAAGUCUGAACAGAAAUAGUGUAGAAGUAGUCCUACUAGAAGAGGAUAGGUAAUUCUCGUUUAGCAAUAAAAAAAGUUUUAUCUUCAUUUUUUUAUGUUUGGUUCAAUUUUUCUUUUUAACUUAGUAUGAGAAUUUAAGUAUGCUUAUUUUCUUGUCAAAAUUUCGAAGGUUCUAUAACAUUCUUGCUAAGAUCUUCAAUGAUCUUCCAUUUUCUUGCCAGGAUCUUCAAGGUUCACUGACAUUCUUGUCAAGAUCUUUAAGGAUCUUCAAAUCUCUUGCAAAGAUCUUUAAUUUGGCUGUCAAAAUCUUCAAGGAUCUUUCUUUUUUUUGCCAAGAUCUUCAAAGAUCUUUCAAUUUAUUGCCAAGAUCUUUAAGGGUCUUUUAUUUUCUUUCCAAGAUCUUUAAGGAUCUUCAAAAUUUUCAAAAAGAUCCUUGAAGAUCUUGGCAAGAAAAUGAGAGAUGCUCAAAGAUCUUAACAAGAAUUUGGAAGAUCCUCAAAGAAUUUUCAAAGAUCUUUAAAGGAUCUUCAAAGUUCAUGUAAAGAUCUUUGAAGAUCCAGACAAGAUCUUUAAGGAUCUUGACAGGAAAAUGAAAGAUCCUUAAAGAUCUUGGCAAGAAAGUCAAAGAUCCUCAAAGAUCUUGGCAAGAAAAUCAAAGAUCCUUGAAGAUCUUGGCAAGAAAAUCAAAGAUCCUUGAAGAUCUUGGCAAGAAAAUCAAAGAUCCUUGAAGAUCUUGGCAAGAAAAUCAAAGAUCCUUGAAGAUCUUGGCAAGAAAAUCAAAGAUCCUUGAAGAUCUUGGCAAGAAAAUGAAGGAUCCUUGAAGAUCUUAACAAGAAUUUUGAAGAUCCUCAUGAAGAUCCUCAAGAGGAUCCUCAAAGGUCCUCAUGAAGAUCUUGUAAGAUCCUUAAAGAUCCUUGAAAGAUUUUCACCAGGGAGAAGCAAAUAUGAAUUUGACUUGCUAAAACAGAAUUGAAAAUUGUGCAAACCAGGGUUCCCAUCAUAAGACAGAUCCUUGUUGCCAGUACCAUGAGACAUAACCUUUCUUCCCUCACACUAGACUUCAUGAAGUUUGCUUCCAUUUAUUUCUUUUGUGUGUUGACAAUCCUUGAGCUGCUUUUGUUCUGAUUCUCUUCCCUUAAGGAAACUGAAUGAAGGGCCUUUGAAAGCUGGGGGGGAUGGGGGGGGCAUUUGAUUUGUGUUUCAAAGCUCUAACACAGGUUAUUAAAGACCUUAUGAAUUUCUGAAUGUCUCAAACUAUUUUGGCCAUCAUUUAAACAACUGUUCUGUUAUGUUUCAGCACACUCCAUUUGAUGGUGUUGUGGAAAUAAACUCUAUCAUUUUGGCAAUAAAAUAUCUGAAAGAAAAAGGUGGAGAGUGGAAGGUUUGUUAAAUAUAAAAUUUGAUUAUGAAUGUUUAGCCUGCAGUUGGUCUUUAUUCUGUUUAUAAUUUUAAAACCUGUUUGAAUAUUCUUGUAGUUGACAGUCACCCUUCAAAUCUUUCACUCUUGAUGUGUAAGAGCUAACUCUGUCUUCCAGGAGGCCUUGACCGUCUUUGUUGGCUAUACAUGUACAUGUAUGUGCCUGACAAUUGGGAGUUGCAUCACGACGAUAUCGCUUACAAUGUUGUUGACAAGUUUUGUAAUUCUCACAACUUGUCUUCUUGUCUGUGAAUCAAAAAAGUUAGGAGAAUUGAGAUAAUUAUCACUCCUGGGGAGGGGGGGUGGGGUCAAAAAAAAGCUCACUAUAUCUCACUGACGAAUAGAUUCCAUUUUGCCGCGCGUCAGUUCGGUGAUGACGUUAACCCUUUACACCUUAACAUCAGUAUCUAUAUUCUCCAUACUCGUCUCUUCGCGUUUCUUUUGGUCUGGAUAAGGAGAAUUUGUUCUACAAUUGAAGCAUCUUAGAUUGGCGAUCAUUUCCUUUAUUCUCGUGAUAUUAAUGAAUGAUUUAGGAGAAUUACUGCAAGGAGAAUUUGGACACUGGUCACUACUAAGGUUAAAAUGUGGUGAGAACGAAAGAGUGGCACACAAGGCGCAGAUGAGUGUGUCACCGAUGUUUUUAUCACAUUUUGACGUCAUCUAGAUCUAAUAGUGAACAGACCACGGCAACAUUCAUGAAUAAUGUAUUUGUUGGAUAUGAUAACGAUGCAAAAGAAUGGUAACGGUGACUUCAUCUGUGCGUCUGUCCUCCGAUAGAUCAUAAGAAAGAACCGAUCAAAUUGCGUGCGUAAUCAAAUUGCGAGUAUGUGAACAAAAUUACAUGCAUUUUUAUUUGAUCAGGGAAAUCCAGAAGUGAAGAACUAUUAUAAACCCCAAGAACUGGUUUUUAAAGUUGAUGAUGGUAUUAACCGAGCAGUAGAUCUGGCCGUUCAAAAAUAUCAGGAAGCGGUGGGUAAAUCUAUUUUUUUGUAUCAAAUGCACAGUUUCGUGUUUUGAUAAUGGAGUUGUUAGAAAUGGAUAAGUUUGUUGAGGAGAUCAUGUUGAAGGGAAGUACAUUACCUUUUGAAAAUACCUCAGCCGUCUAUCGGCCAACUGUCCGUUGUUUUUCGGCCGACUGUUGGUUUUUUGUCGGCCAACUGUCGGUCGUUUGUCGGCCAACUGUCCCUCUUCUGUCGGCUGACUGUUGGCCGGCGCUUGGCAGCCGACUGUUGAUCGUUUUUCGGCUAUGACCCAAGAAUUUAUCAAUGGAUGAAUGGGAGCUGUUCCUCAAAAUCCCAAAAAAAUCACGCAAAACAAAAAUUACAACCCACUUUUUCUAUGUCCAACUUUUUCACUCGGUAGGCUGACGAUGUAAAUAUCACUGUGCAUUCAUCACGGGAAUAUGGAAAAGGUUUUAUUAAGCCUUACAAGAUUCACCCAGACACGUUUGUACAAUUGGCAAUUCAACUGGCGUAUUACAGGCUACAUCGCAAGUAAGUACGUGUGUUGGAGCUACUGUUUUGAUGUUUGUUUUUGUUCUCGUUUGCAACUAAUCAUUGAACUUUGUUAUUCUUUAGACCUGCGCCCACUUAUGAAACAGGUCAGACUCGACAAUUUUAUCACGGACGGACAGAAACAGUGAGUUUCCUGUAAAAUGUGUUUCUAUUCAACAACUUAGUUGUCAUUCCUUUUUAUUUAAUUAAGUCUUUUGAUGAGCAAAUGGUAUUGGUUUUAUAAGAAGCCGCAAAGGAAGUAAUUUUCAUAUUCAGUUCUACGCCCCGGAUCAAAUAGGUUGAUGUCCUGUCAAUAAAUUGCAAAAUCAAUACCACAGCGGGCUGACUCCCAGUCAAAAACGUCAAAGGUGAUAGUUAUUUGUACACUUGGCAAAAAAUCCCGGAACAAGCCUCCUCUGCAACCUUGACGUUUUCAAAGCGAGGAUAAUUUGGUCUUAUCAGCUGAGUUGUUGGUGUAAAUUGGCCACCGUAGAGAGUUUCAGAAGCUAACGUUUAGAGCGUUAGCCCUUCGCCAUUUUCUAUGAAGGAGAGCUAACGCUUGAAUCAUCAACUUUAGAAACUCGUCACCGUGACCAAUUUACAUUUUUAAUUCAAUUGAUUAAACCAAAUAUCUCGUAACACUCCAUAUCGACGCAGCACCACAUUUUAUUUUGUAGAAAGCUACCCCUUGUUGUCAAAGUGACCAGCUUUGUUAGUUAGUGGGGGGAAUUAAAAAAAAAUGAAUUGUAAAAAAUUUCCUCCUUUGAUUUUUUGUUUCAGAUUCGUUCAUGUACCAUGGAAUCAGUGGCCUGGUGUAAAGCAAUGUUCGAUGGCAAUGCUGAUGUAAGGGACUUUUCAACAAUUUGAGUCAGUAAAGAUCACGUAAUUCGAGUUAGCUUAGGCCUCAAUGUUCUUGAUGAUAGAUUUAUAAGCCAUUUAAUGUCUCUUUCACCCUUUUACGCCCCAGUAUCAAUAUCCAUAUUCUCCAUACAGUUGUCUACACAUUUCUAAGGUGCCGACAAAGAGAAUUUGUGUAACAAUCAAGAGGUUCUUUAACUGUUGCUCAUUGCUUUUAUUCUCGUGUCGUUAAUGUUUGAUUCACGGGCAAUAUCAUUGAUUGUAGGGAGAAAUUAGCUUCUUGUCACUCUUAGGGGACAAAGUGGAAAGGGAAAUUGAAUUAGAAAUUAUAGUCGUCUUUUGCUCUCGUAUUUUUUCAGAAGUCGACGAAAAUGCGGCUGUUUCGUGAAGCUUACACGAGUCACGAUUCACUCAUGAGAGACGCGGUCAAUGGCCAAGGUACGAUCACUAACUCUUGAACAAUUCAUGUUUCUGUCACAGAGUCUCCCUGAAAGGGUAAUGAAAAAUCAGAAUUGCAAAAUUGAAGAAUAAUUUAGCAAUUAACAGUUCCUCUUCUUUUCCCGUUCAGGAAUUGAUCGUCAUUUACUGGGGCUUCAGUUAAUAGCUGCCUCCGAAGGUAAUGUGGCGAUUUUAGUUCAUUACAAAAACGACUCAAAUGAUCUUUGUCUGACUAUUUUCCAUCCUGUGAAUGGCACAUUGACUAAUGUCGAAAAAUUCGUUUCUCGCGUAAAACCAAGAAAGAAUGCGUAGCAAGGGUGUGAAGAAAAAACUUAAAGUUUUCAACAUAAGCAAACCGUGGCAAAGUUCCCCUGCUAUAUCUCAUCAGAAACGGAAAUAUGUCUUUCUUAGAAUUUAUUUUCGGUUUGUGAGCCCUAAAGUCGAACGGCAUUAAAAUUUUGGCGUUUCCUUGUGAUACGUUUGAGUCUAAUACUGGACUUCAACCGAAAUUACGUCUGGGUUUGUUAGCUUGUCAAAGAAACUACAACUGUCAAAGAAACCCAACACUGUGUAGGGGCCUGGGCCUCGAAGAUGCCUCAAUUACGCACGCGCAGGUUAAAAGUAACCCCGAUCUACCAUAUCCGUGCGAUCUAGAUAUAAAACUAGUCAUUGUGGCUAAAGCGUUUCAAUUAAGACCGUACUUACUAGGAUCAUUUCUAUAGUACGCGUCCCGUCUUUGUAUCCCAACAAAGACAACACCAUCAACCGUGAUGACGAUGCGUAGCGUUCACCUCUGAGCGCGAAGCACGUCGCCGAUUUUGUCUUCACGGCAAUCGGUCGGCGACGAUUGAUGACCGUUCCCUUUACUCCAUUAGUGAGGACUGGGAGGAGGUGAUCGCAUUCAGAGCGGUUGAUAUUCUUACAUUAAUAAAUCUAAUGAAAGUAACUAUUUCUAACUUAGUGAUGCCGUAUAGUGAACCUUCCUACGUAAGCAAUUGGUAGAGGGUGCACUAUGUGGCACCUUCAUCGCGAUAUCUGUAUUAGAACUACACUUUCAUGUCAACAAAAACAAUUUUCUUCGCUUUGCUGUUCAGAACUUCGAAUGACGGACCUAAAAUAUAGGAGAGAGCCAUAACAAGGUUUUCCUUGCCGAUGGACUGUUUUAGUUUUGAAAGAUGUGUUUAUUUAUUGCGAAAUGUUAAUAAAUGCGUGACAUCUAAACCCAUGUGUUUCCGUUGUUCUUUCUGAAAUAUAUUCGUGAUAAAAAUGGAAUGAAUACCCUAGAUCCAAACAUAUUUCGUUUUCUAAUACAUCAUAAAUAUUUGCCAAUAGUUUUGUAACAGUUUUAGCUAAGAAGCCGUCGCAGUAUUCAAGUGUCGUUUCUUCGACCUUUUGUAACCACAAUUAUGCAAAUCAAUACAUUUUAAUGGCAACUGGUGUGUCAACUGAACAAUAGUGAUUGCGUUGCGUUACCAGUCAUCCAUGACACCCACCCGACGUCGUGAAUGUUGAAAUGUUUCUUUCCUUUUCUCUUGUUUCUCUCUCUAGGUUUUUACUUACUCUUUUUUUAUCUGAAAAUAAUUUUUAUUCCAAGUGUCCAAACAGAAUAUUUUUCUUUUUUUUUCUCUGUUAGAUUAAAGAUAAAAUUACUGCUGAUUCUUGAGUCCGAUCAUCUGUCACGCAUGUCUAUCGUAUAUUUUGUAUGAAUUGCAGAUACGUGAACUAAAUUGUAGCGUCUGGCAAUUCGUGAUUCGAUAUCUUAAGUAUUUUUUUAAAUUAUUUUUUGUUACCCAGGAUUGCCAACACCGGCUAUCUACACAGAUAAAGCGUGGACGGCGAGGUAUUUAUUUCCUGUACUAUAAUAGUGAAAUAUACUAAGUGCAAUACUCGCGCGCAUUUGGUUGGUCAAUUUAUUUAUGCGUGCCUAGGUACUCUUGUCUCACACUAUUUUCGCUUUCAUGUCUCGUCUUGUAGCGCAUAUUGAUUGAAAAUCGUAGAGUUCGAACAAAGUUAACAAAACCGCCAAUAAAAACAAGUAAUAGAAUGGCGACUUUGAGAAACCGAAAAGUUCUUUCGGGGAAACAGGGAAACCGCCUGGAGCGCGGGAAAGUGUGUCUGAUUAGUUUAAGGUUUGGAUCUGAUUGGUUUACGAUUCUUUCUUCUUCGACCAAUCACAAGGCAAAAUGAAGUAAAACUCCUUGACACUCAAUUGAAAAUUGGCCCAAUAAAAACUUGGAACUACGUCUUUCAUUCUUUAAUCCCGGUUUCCUUCGUGGUGUUUUGCAGCGGUGGUGGUGGCAACUUCGUCCUGUCGACAAGUUGUGUAGGAUUUUCUUCAAUACUUGGUGGCUGCGCUGCAAUGGUGAAAGACGGGUAUGGAGCAUUCUAUAGCAUCGAGGACAACAGGUGAGUUAUUCUGGUUCAAAGAACUAUGCCACAGUCACUUGAGUGUUAAAUUAGUCUUCCUUUCAAAUGUUCAAACCAACGAGUCAAAGAUAUGAUGAAAGGGUGCGAACGAACAAACGAACUGGUGAGCUGUUAAAUGAACGAGCGACGGAGCGAAUAAACGAAAAGGUGAUCGGAAUAACAAACGAGCAAACAAGCGAACGAGAGAUCGAAAGAACGAACGAGCAAACGAGCGAAUCAACGAAAAAGCGAAUGAAACAACAAACGAGCGAACAAGUGAACGAAAGAUCGAAAGCACGAACGAGCGAACGAGCGAACGAGCGAAUAAACGAACGAAAGAACAAACGAUCGAACGAAAGAUCGAAAGAACGAACGAACGAGCGAACGAAAGAUCGGAAGAUCGAACGCACGAGCGUGCGAACGCACAAAGGAGCGAAUGAACGAAAAAGGGAAAAAAAUAGCAAGAGAGCAAACGAACGAACGCGAAACUUAAGAACGAAAGGAAAAAAAUAUAGACACGAAUGCAAAAAAAGAAAAAGAAAGGUCGAAGUAGCGACCUAAAGAGAACGAGCGGGCGAGUUAAUCGAAAUAUAUUUUAGAAGGAUUUAUCAACAGAACGAGUUUAGGACCUUUGCCAUGCUAUGUCCUCGUUGCUUCUCUGUUUGUCGAGCUAGGCAAUCGGAUUGAAUCCCCUUGCUGCCAAUAAAUGGUGAGUUAACUACUCAAUUUUCCCGUCCCAGGCAAAAGUGUUUUUCACGGUCUCUUGCUGCCAGAGCUCCUGAAUGUUAAUUGUGGCUUUUUGCUUCUUCCUUUCAGAAUUAACUUUUUUAUUGCGACGUUUACAACCUCUGAGGUUACGGAUGCCAAAAAGUUCCAGCAUUCACUUGACGAGAGUUUCCGAGACAUGAAACAUCUCUUACUGACAUCUAGGCUGUAAGACGAAGAGCACUCUUUUAACCCUUUCACUCUCAUGAGAGACCAAGAUAGAAUUUCUCCUCACAAUAUCAAUACAUUAUCAAGCAAACAAAUAAUGAGAAUAAAGAAAAAUAUCAGUUAGGGAUUACUAGUUGAUCCAAUACCAAAUUCUCUUACUAACAUCUUAAGAAUUGUAUGGCAGACAGUAAGGAGAAUUAGUCAUGAGGUCGUGGCAGUGAAAAGGUUAACUGAGAUAUCUCUAUAAGGUCUUGCGCUUGCGUGUGUUGAAAAUCAUUAACGAAGUGAUAAAUGAUUAAAGAAGGUAGAAGUUCGACUUACAUUCCCAGGCACUAUCGACUCUUCCCUUGGUUUACCUCCAAGUGCUCAGAACUGAUUAAACCGUAACCUCUCCUCACAAUAUCAAUACAUUAUGCAGCGUAAAGGUGACGAGAAUGUAUACGCUUGUCAGCUAGGGAAUGUUGUUUUGAUGAAUAUAAUACCAAGUUCUCGUAACUAUUUACGAAAAAACUCUGUUAGAUAAAAGAAAGAAUUACUUAUCAGAUCCUGGGAGGUGAAGGGACGCGACAAGGCGAUCAUGAUAUUCAACAACGAGUUUUCAAGCAAUGGCGCAUUAUUAUUAUUUUUUUAACUUACUUUACAGGGUGGAUUUGUACCCCAAUUUAUCAGUUCAAAAUAAGUUGAGAACGUGUUAUAAGGGAACGUGUGCACUAAAAAUUGUAAUUCGUUUGAGAAGGGUUAUUUUAAGAUGUUGUAAGAGUUAUGUCGAACAAGAAACACUUCCAAAGACAUGUAAGAAAUUACUUCUAAUAUAUGCUCCUGUAUAAAGUUUCAGUGGUUUUAAAGGAACAACAACCUCUAUAUUCUGACCGUAAUUGAAAAUAUUAUUGAAUAAAAUUGCAUACACACC